AUGACUUCGCCGGCUUACGAUUUACAACCCCCAAUCACCCUGUCGGCCACUACUGAUCACCCUCCUCCAACCUCAAACUCGCCCAGUCCGGAGUCCUCUCGCCCACCUCACCACCACCGUACCAGUUCGACCAGCAUCACGCAGACCAGGAGCCGACGUUCGCUCGCAUCAUUGGCAAGAGAGAAGACAUCCAGCGCCUUCGCCAAUCUGGCCGCCAUCGGCACAACUCCCACGCAAAGUCUACGGUCUGCCACCUCGUCAGGCAGCCUGUCAAAAUCCUCCGCCUCUCCUGAUACUGCUCGACCUAUCCUCCCCCGUUCACCCACCUCCCCCGAACUCCAAAGACCGGGACAAUUGCGACGGAGCGGAUCGCCGCUGCCCAGUCAAGAAUCAAGAAAUAGUACCACAGUGCCUCCAAUGUCGAACACAGACAAGGGACCUGGGAGGAUGCACCAAACAUCCUCCAAGGUCCUGCGCAUGACCGAUGACGAUAGACCUUUUACCCGAGACUUUAAUGACUUGUUUUCCACCUUGAUCACCAGUCUCCCGCUCACACCACACCGGGUCCGGUUUUCAAGAGUCGAAGAAACGUUUCUGUCCGAGGAGGCCAUUACGAAUCUUGGUUCGCUGAAAUUUUCCCAGUCCAAUCGCAUACCCGAUCCGAAUAACCCUUCCAGAUGGGUGAUUACAACCACCACAACCACUUUCUCCAUGGCCAAAGAAAUGGCACGUUCAGUCUGUCAACGAUUCGUCGAUGCUCGCUUGAUCGAGUCAGCCGAAUCUAGGAACAUCACGACCUUCCCCACGAAGGGCGCCGUCUGGCAAUUGACGCCGAAAGGCCUGGCAAUUUUGUAUCGAUUCUGCAGCAAGAAUGGAAUCAAUGCCCGCCACAUCGAACCACUGCUCAAGCGAGCACAGAUGCAGAUUGUCGCCUUGGAGAGAGACCCCCAGACAGACAAGCUUGUGCAGGACAAGGCGACCAUUGAUAUCAUUUUCCGGAGGUUUAUGGGUAUUGAGGGCCCGAAUUUGAAGAGCUCCACUUCUCUGUCCGAUUCAGAUUCCGUGUCUGACUAUGCUACUGGCCUUGUCGGUGUCAAGAUGGCCAAAGAACGACGGGUGUUGGAUAAAACUGUACAGAGCACAUUCACCGGCAAAGCCGCUUCCGACUGGCUACUGGACUGCUGCACCACCGUCGACCGCAGAGAGACGUUUGAAAUUGCCGAGCUGUUUGUCAAGUGGCAAUUGAUGACCCCUAUUGUUGAGGACAGAGCGUACAUUCGCGUGAAUCCAAUGGCGACCUACUUCCAGCCUACCCGGCAUGCAAUCUACGUCAUCACGGAAAGAGGUCAGCGGGUGUACGGGUGGAUUGCGCGGCCACCCAGUAUUGAGAGCGAAGACAGUCACGACCUGCGGGACAAGGGUCGUCUCACCAGAGACUCGAAUGUGAGCAGACUGAACCUAAUACUGCAGGACGCUGCGCUCCGGUUAUUGUUCAGAGAGUUUCUGCGGCAGUCGUUAUGCGAAGAGAAUCUACAAUUCUAUUUCGAUGUUACCGACUUUACGAGAAACUACCGGCAGCUUGAGAAAUCAGGGAAGCUAGAGCGACCGGAGGCUGUAAGGGAGACUUUGGCCGCUGCCUAUGGUCUUUACAAUUCGUUCUUGGCUUCAGGAGCACCUUCUGAGCUCAACAUUGACCAUUCCCUGCGCAAUCGUCUGGAUAGCAGGAUGAUCCGGACCAAUAUUGAUGAAGCCUCCAUGCAACAGUCUCUCGAGGAAGUUGUGGACCUGUUUGAGCUUGCACAGGCCGCAGUGUUCAAGCUAAUGGCAAGCGACUCCGUCCCCAAGUUCCUUCGAGACCCGCAGCAUGCUGCUGUACUUCGAGAUCACGAAAUUGAUCUAAUCGGCUCGAAUCGCACACUUUCCCCGGCUCCAGAACGAGGCGUCAGUCGAUCGAACACGCGAACAUAA